UUUAACACACCUUGGCUGGGUCUGGAUAAAAAAAGUGGGCGCUGCAAAUUUCUAGAAGAAAGCACCAGGGGAAGAAAGAGAGGGGGGAUUUAUCCAAAGAAGUUUCUAAUUCCUUCGCAAUCUCCAGCCAGGUGGCUAUGGUAUGGACGUAACCAAGAAAAGCAAACGAGAUGGCACUGAAGUCACAGAAAGAUUUAUCACGGAAACAGUAACUACAAGACUUACAUCCUUACCACCAAAAGGGGGGACCAGCAAUGGCUAUGCAAAAACAGGCUCCCUCGGGGGAGGGAGCCGGCUGGAGAAGCAGAGCCUGACCCACGGCAGCAGCGGUUACAUAAACUCAAGUGGAAGCAUACGUGGCAACACCUCCACCUCCAGCUACAGGAGGGCUCAUUCACCCGCCUCCACUCUGCCCAACUCACCAGGCUCCACUUUUGAAAGGAAAACUCACAUUACCCGUCAUGGAACAUACGAAGGGAGCUCCAGUGGCAACUCUUCUCCAGAGUACCCUCGGAAGGAAUUUGCAUCUUCUUCCACCAGAGGACGGAGCCAAACCAGAGAGAGCGAAAUUCGAGUUCGACUGCAGAGUGCGUCCCCAUCUACUCGAUGGACAGAGCUAGAUGAUGUUAAGCGUUUGCUCAAGGGGAGCCGAUCGGCAAGUGUGAGUCCCACCCGGAAUUCCUCGAACACACUCCCCAUCCCCAAGAAAGGCACCGUGGAGACCAAAAUGGUGACAGCAAGCUCCCAUUCAGUGUCCGGCACCUAUGAUGCAACGAUCCUGGAUGCCAACCUGCCCUCCCAUGUAUGGUCCUCCACCCUGCCCGCAGGGUCCUCCAUGGGGACCUAUCACAACAACGUGACCACCCAGAGCUCCUCCCUCCUCAACACCAAUGCCUACUCUACGGGAUCAGUCUUUGGAGUUCCUAAUAACAUGGCAUCCUGCUCGCCCACCCUGCAGCCCGGACUCAGCACCUGCUCCUCAGUAUUUGGCAUGCAGAACAAUCUGGCCCCCAGCUCAUCUGCCCUGUCCCAUGGCACGUUCACCACUUCCACAGCAUAUGGUGUGAAGAAAAACAUGCCCCAGAGCCCUACUGUUGUGAGCACUGGUGUGUCCACCUCUUCAGCCUGCACCACCAGUGUCCAGAGUGAUGACCUCUUGCACAAGGACUCUAAGUUCCUGAUCCUGGAGAAGGACAACGUGCCAGCUAAGAAGGAGAUGGAGCUGCUGAUCAUGAACAAGGACAGUGGGAAGGUCUUUACUGCCUCCCCUGCCAGCGUCGCUGCAACUUCCUUUUCAGAUGAUACCCUAAAAAAAGAAAAGCAAGCUGCCUAUGCUGCCGACUCCUACCUAAAAUCCGAAGCUAAUGGAGACGUGAAGACAACAUCCGCAAAGGGAAAAGCCACCUCUGCAGACAUCCACAGCUACAACCAUGGCGGCAGCAGCAGCGGUGGUGGUGGUGGUGUUGGCGGUGGCGGCGGUGGCAGUGGGGGUACCUGGGGGGCAGCGCCAGCCUGGUGCCCCUGUGGCUCCUGCUGCAGCUGGUGGAAAUGGCUGCUGGGCCUGCUGCUAACCUGGCUGCUGCUCCUGGGGCUGCUCUUCGGUCUCAUCGCUCUGGCGGAGGAGGUGCGGCAGCUGAAGGGCCGGGUGGACGAGCUGGAGAAGAUGCAGGGCAGCAUGCCGCGCUUGGAGGAGAAGAUGGAAAGGAGCAACACAGAAAGUCUCCACAGCAAGGCGCCCAGCGACGGAGCGGAAGUGGAGAAAAGCGGGCUGGGCGGCCACAGUGAGGAGGAGCUCUGGCAGUUCAUGUGGAAGAGGCUAAUGAUGGAACAGAAAAACGGAAACCUCCUAGGAAGCCCUGGCCCUAAAGGUGACAUGGGAAGUCAAGGUCCUAAAGGAGAUCGAGGGCUCCCUGGGACUCCAGGUAUCCCUGGGCCCUUGGGCCACCCAGGCCCAGAAGGACCAAAGGGACAAAAAGGCAACAUAGGAGAUUCUGGCAUGGAAGGACCCAUGGGCCAGAGAGGGCGGGAAGGCCCCAUGGGACCUCGCGGUGAACCUGGGCCUCCUGGCUUUGGAGAGAAAGGAGACAGAGGGGCUGUUGGUGAACCAGGCCCUCAGGGCCCACCUGGUGUCCCAGGUUCCGUGGGUCCCAAAGGUUCCAGUGGCUCUCCAGGUCCCCGGGGCACCCCAGGUUCUGUAGGUCUACAAGGGCUCCGAGGUGAAGUGGGACUCCCUGGUGUCAAAGGUGACAAAGGACCUAUGGGACCACCAGGACCGAAAGGUGACCAGGGCGAGAAAGGACCCCGCGGCCUCACAGGCGAGCCUGGCAUGAGAGGUUUGCCUGGAGCCGUGGGCGAGCCUGGGGCUAAAGGAGCAAUGGGCCCUGCUGGCCCCGAUGGACAACAAGGCCUGAGAGGUGAACAAGGUCUCACAGGGAUGCCUGGAAUCCGUGGCCCACAAGGACCUUCUGGAGAACCAGGAAAGCCAGGUCUCACAGGACCCCAAGGACCUCAGGGACUUCCUGGCACACCUGGCCGACCAGGGACUAAAGGUGAACCGGGAGCUCCAGGCAAGAUCGUGACUUCAGAGGGGUCCUCGACAGUCACUGUUCCAGGCCCCCCAGGACCUCCUGGAGCCUUGGGACCGCCAGGACCUCCAGGUGCCCCAGGCCCUGCCGGCCCAGCUGGUCUCCCGGGACAGCAAGGCCCGAGAGGGGAGCGAGGACUUGCUGGUGAAUCAUUCCUUGGUACUAGCAGUUCCAUCGCCGAGCUCCUCUCCACCCAAGGUCUUGACUUACGAGGUCCCCCAGGCCCACCUGGGCCACGUGGGCCACCAGGGCCUUCCAUUCCAGGCCCCCCAGGACCCCGAGGCCCACCAGGGGAAGGCUUGCCAGGCCCACCAGGCCCACCAGGAUCUUUCAACUCAGAAACCUUCUUCUCCGGACCCCCAGGCCCUCCUGGCCCCCCUGGCCCCAAGGGAGACCAAGGCGAACGAGGCCUCCCAGGCUUCUCAACCUCAGGGUCCAGUUCUCUCGGACUCAAUCUGCAGGGACCACCAGGCCCACCCGGCCCUCAGGGACCCAAAGGUGAUCCUGGUGUCCCAGGGGCUCCUGGCAUUCCUGGUGGUCCCUCUCGAGGGGGAUCUUCAAGCACCAUGUACAUGCCAGGCCCGCCAGGCCCACCCGGGCCCCCUGGGCCUCCAGGCUCCAUCAGCAGCUCCGGCCUGGAUAUUCAGCAGUACAUCUCAGAAUACAUGCAGAGUGACAGUAUUAGGUCUUAUCUGUCUGGAGUCCAGGGUCCCCCGGGCCCACCUGGUCCCCCUGGGCCUGUCACCACCUUCUUGGGCGAGACUUUCGACUAUUCAGAGCUGGCAAGCCACGUCGUGAGCUACUUACAGUCUGCGGGGUACAACGUCGGCCUGUCCUCCACCGCCAUCUCUUCUGAAGACCUCCUGGCUGUGCUACAGCGGGAUGACGUGCGACAGUACCUGCGCCAGUACCUGAUGGGCCCUCGGGGUCCGCCAGGGCCACCAGGAGCCAGUGGAGAUGUGUCCCUCACGUCUUUGGACUACACAGAGCUGAGCAAUCGCAUUGUCAGCUACAUGUCAAGUUCUGGGAUCAGCAUUGGACUUCCUGGCCCCCCCGGCCCCCCUGGCUUGCCAGGAACAUCCUAUGAGGAGCUCCUCUCCUUGCUCCAAGGGUCUGAAUUCCGAGGCAUCGUUGGACCUCCAGGCCCCCCAGGGCCACCAGGCAUCCCAGGCAGUGCAUGGUCCAGCAUCAGCGUGGAGGACAUUUCAUCGUACCUAAAUACUGCUGGCUUGUCAUCCAUCCCAGGCCCUCCGGGUCCUCCUGGUCCCCCAGGUCCUCGAGGGCCCCCAGGUGUCUCAGGAGCUCUGGCAACCUAUGCGGCUGAAAACAGCGACAGCUUCCGGAGCGAGCUGAUUAGCUACCUCACAAGUCCUGAUGUGCGCAGCUUCAUCGUCGGCCCACCGGGGCCUCCUGGGCCACAAGGACCGCCUGGUGGCAGCCGCCUGGUGUCAGUGGAUGGCUCCUACAGCCGGGGCAGCAGCUCCUCCUCACACAGCUCAUCUGUCAGACGGGGCACGUCCUACAGCUCUUCCCUGGGCGAAGGGGGAGCCUUUGGUGCAGCCACAGGAGACGGGGGCCCCUAUGGCACUGACGUUGGCCCAGGUGGAGGCUAUGGGGCAGCAGCAGAAGGUGGCAUGUACGGUGGCGAUGGCUUUGCUACAGAUCUGGACUACAACAAGCUGGCUGUUCGGGUGUCGGAGAGCUUGCAGCGUCAAGGCCUACUGCAAGGUAUGGCCUACACUGUCCAGGGUCCACCAGGCCUGCCUGGGCCCCAGGGGCCCCCCGGCAUCAGCAAGGUCUUCUCUGCCUACAGCAACGUGACCGAGGACCUCGUGGACUUCUUCCGAAUUCAUGGAGCUAUUCCAGGACCCCCUGGGCAGAAGGGAGACGUGGGCAACCCAGGACCCAAAGGUGACAGGGGCCCUGCCGGACCACCAGGUCAUCCUGGGCCACCUGGCCCUCGAGGGCACAAGGGAGAAAAAGGAGACAAAGGUGACCAAGUCUACGUUGGCCGGAGAAGGAGAAGAAGUAUUGCCACCAAGCCAUGAGCUAGCCUUGGCACAAUAGCCUCCUGGACCAGUGCUUGCAAGGUGUACGGCACUUAAGUCAAAUUCUCUUUGCUGAGACAGCAUAGGCAAAUAGUCAAUUAGCAACACUUGUCACAAGUCUGAACAAAAUAUAUACACAGAAUUCAGUCAAAGAUAUACAACCUGAAACAGCUUCACUGGGUGGACUUUAAGGGUAGUUGCAGUGUUAGAAUGAGACUGACCUCUGCUACACAGAUCUGAGUUCUUUGGCUUCUUUAACACUAGCCCCAACCUAGGAAAGUGAGUUACGUAGAAGUCAGCUCAGGAGUCUUAGAGCUUUGUCUAAAAAUGAGCCCAGACAAUGGAAGACAGGGACAGUGUGCCUUCCUGAAGAUGACACAUGAUGGGGUGGGGGGUGCUGGUUACUGCUGCAAGGCUAUCAGUUGCUUCCUUUCCUGUUCACUCUUCAUUCUCUAGUCACAGAAGAGUUAGCUAAGCAGUGACUCUUGCAACUGAAAAAAUAAAUUCACUUCCCCUGGAGGAGGUGAGAAGUUUUCUAAUAGUUAUUGUAUUAUAUAUGCAUACCAUAUUCCCACUUGCUUAGAAAGUUUGUAGCUGUGACCUGUAUCCAUAGGUCCAUGCUAGUGUUUAUAGAUAUGCUACACUGAGCUGGCUUCAGCUCGAGAUGCCACCCUCUGCUCUGCAUUUAGAAAAUGGCAUAUGGGACUGGGCACUGGGCAAAGUUGGUUUUUAAGCACUUUUCAAUGUCUAAAAACAUUUGUAUGUGGUCUAUAAGAUAAAAAGUCUUUUCAACUGUAAAAUUUCCAAUUAAAGUUUUUUUUUCUUUUUUAAUAUCAUGUUUAAUGUGAUCCACCUGGCAAAAGAAAGAAAAAGGAGAGAGAGAGGGAGAGGAGGAGAGAGAGAGAGAAAGAGAAAGAAAAAUGUUCUGGGUUAAUUGGGUCUUACUCUAAUGCUACUUAUUACAAACACUAGAAAACAAAACUGGUUGUAUUUUGGGACACAGCUUCCGGCACUGAAUCACUGAAAUCUUUAAAGGGAGACCUUUAUCUGCAACUAUUAUCUCAAUCUGGGCAUGUUAUAAAGCAUCUGAAGGUUUUCCCUAAGCAUAAUUUACAUGAAAUAAACACAUAUUCAACAAUUAAGCAA